CUGCGCAUGCGCCUUGAGCGCGGCCGCCAUUUUGGGUAGUUGGGGGGUGGCGGGGUGCGCAGAGUGGGGAUUUUCGUUGUCCUCCAGGUGGCUGCGGGGAAGUUCGGGGGUGUGGGGCUCGCAGCGUGCUCUGGGCUGUCAGUCACAGCUCUGGGGAGCUGCUCUGAGCGAGCAGCCUGUGGGGGGCACGGCAGUGCCUUGCAGCAGGGCUGGGGGUGUGAGGGCAGCGUGCUGCACACGUGGAAACCCCAAAAACCUCUCAGGGUUGGGUCAGCGAUCCCCUCCAACCGCCUGAAAACACCGAUUAAUGUCGUGUAAACAGCGCACGGUGUUGCUGAGCGCGGCCCCCAAGCUGUGUUGGCCCCCAGCGCUGGUAGUUCUCACUGUUCUGCGCACAGUAGAUUCAUCUCACAUUCUCCAGAAAUAACUUUUCACUGCCCUCUCAGUGAGAAUGCUUUAAGAUCGACCCUCCCUGUGGCUCUGAGUCUGGGUGGGUCGUGUAGGGCCCAGGAAUCCCAAUAUAUAGCAAUAGGACGAUGAGAAAUGACCUGGGGGGGGUGGGGGGGGAGAGGGAGGAGAGGCUGACAUUGGGUAUUUAGGGAAAAAAAACUUCAUAAAGAGGGGUAAUGCAUCAGCACAGGCGGCCCGGGGAGGUGGCACUGCCUCUGGGGGCGGUGUGGAACCGUGGGAUGUGGCACCUGGUCAAUGGGGAUGGGUUAGGGUUGGACUGGGGGUCUGGAGGUCUCUUCCAUCCUCAGUGACUGAAUGCCAGCGUGCCAUCGCUCCCAGGGGAUUCUUCCUGGGGAGAGUGACAUUUUCAGAGUGAAAAAAAGAAGAGGCAGAGGCUGUUCCUCAAGCAGAGCUGCCAAGUUUUUGCUGUUUCUAUAUCUGCACUCGCUGUAUGUGCUGAUUCUUGCCCACGACAGAAAGGGGCAGCUCUGCAUUUGGGCAGAAGGCUCCAGGAGCCUGGCAACUCCUUGGUGCUGCGCUCUUUACUGAAUCCCUGCAUCCUGCAUGCAGUUCUCCUUUAAGGUCUGUGGCUGUGAGUAAGCACGAAGGCUCAUCGUCAGUUGCCAUAUCUCAGUGUGUGCAGUUUGGAAAACUGUGCUUUGCUUUAUGGUUUGCUUGUGCCCUACCUGACCUGUGGCAAUGAUGAAUGAAAGCUGACCCUUUUGGAGGGCUUGCUGUGGCAUCUAUGGCUCUCUUGGGUGCUGCAGGUCCUGUAGCAGCCUUUAAACGUGCUCUGAUCUGUGCUUUAAAUUAGCAGAUGACUCAGCAGAGCCUAUUUUUACCUCCUUUCACUCAAGCUGAGAUUUCAAAUUAGUUAUUUCGGUGUUGGCCUCAAAGUAAACUGCCUUGUAACUGUGAAGCCAUUAGUAGCAGGAACCAAAGCCACUCUGCACAAGGGAGAGUGCAGAGCAAAGCAAACACUGCAGACAGGAAACUGAAACACGGGGUCUGACCACAAGGCCUCAUCACAGGAACCGCACAGGGCUGUGUUUAAACACCUGGGAAAACCAGCCUUGAACCUUUGGCUGCUGGAGAGAGGCAUCACAUGUUCACCUAUGGAAGGAGCCAAGUGAUGGUCCUCAUCCUGCACAAGAAAUCCCCUCCUGACCUGUGGGAAAACAGCACAGAGUGGACAUGGGGUUGUAUUUGACAGGAGAAUGUAUCUGUGCCAGUGCUUUUUUGGAGGAAAGAUUCAAGAUAUUGGUGGCUAAUUUGUUUUGCAUUGGCACGAGGAGAUGGAGCAACAGCAGCUCGGUCCCUUUGCAGGGCCUCAGGUUUAUGGGGUGAGCCUGGGGGGUGCAGCAGGGGGCUGCAGGCUGCUCUGGGGCACUGAGUGGGCUUUGUAACCCCCUGGGAAGGGACUUGAUGAGAUUUUAUGCAAUGCUGACCAUUUCAACCGCAGACACACCGAGCCGGAGCUCCGCAGUGGUGUCAAAGCGUACAGAUGCUCAGCUGGGAUAAGGAACCUGCAGCAGUGCAGCCUUCAUCCCACUGGGGCUCUCCCUCAUCCCAAAGCACCUUUUAAGUCUGCUUUCAAAGAGGAUGGAAAAGGGGAGGGAUGGGGAGAGCAGGGAAGGGGGUUGGUCUGAGUUGAGCAGUCCAAGCAUCCUGCUGUGCAGAAGGAAAUGGGGAACCCAGGGCUCGGCAGCUUGCCCAGGGGGAAACCAAGCUCUGUUCUCAUGGAGUUCACAGCCCGGCUGCCCAUGAGUCCCUUAUUCCACUUAUAAAGAGGAACCUGGUAUUUGUGAGCCAAAUCUGUUUUUAUCCAGAGAGGGAAGUUCAGAAUUAUCGGAUGGAUUCCCAAGGCAUUCUGUGGUUCUGUGAUAAUGCUUUGAAUCCCUUGGGGAGGGGAGGGGAGAAGAGGGGAGAAAAGGGGAGAGAAGGAGAGAGGAGGGGAGAGGAGGAGCUGCCCUCACCCCACAUUAUGAAAUCAAUGUUCAUUAGCCAGGAGAGCAUGCGGGGCUGCGUCCCAUGCAGCCCUUUAUGACAGGCACAAUCUGUGAGUCAUUAAUUCCCGCUUUGCUCCCACACCUUCCCUGCUCCCUGGAGGCAAGCUGUGCUCCUUGCACUUGUUUUAUUUCCCACCUGCAGCAGAGCUGUGGAAGAGUGAGAAUUUGGUGAUGUGUAACCAUGAGGUGCCCCAUUGCAGUGCACUGAACUCACACCCAGUGCUUCUGCUCUGCAGCCUCUCUGUGUUUGCAAGGAGCCGGGCUGCAGGCGAUAAGCACACAGAGCAGCCUGUCCUGGGCUGAUAAAUCCUCUCCUGCCUGAAUCCGGUGCAAAUCAGCCUUACGUGGAAACGUUCUGCAUGUCUGGCUGGAAAUUCUGGCUGGGUGGGUGGGUGAUGUGUGUGUGUGUGUGUAUCCCUCCCUGCCUGCAGAGCAUUGCUGCCCCGAUGUGCUGUGUGAGCACCCACGUGCCGAGCAUAAAGCUGCCUUUGUUCAGAGCUGUGCAAAAACACGACGUCUGCGGUUGUUGGCACGGAUAAUUCUUGGUCCAGCUUUAUAAAUAAGAGGUUUGUGGCUGUGGCUUCCUAGCGAGGAUGAGGAGUCCGGGUCCUGAGUGCUGGCAUGGAUAACAGUUCUUAUUUUCAGCACUAAAUUAAGCAAGUGCUGCUCAGAAUGGGAACCGAAGUCCCUGCUGUUAACUGGAAGAACGUGUAGAAAACAAGCAAACAGCUUAAAGCUGGGGGAAUGUCUGGAUGCUGUGUGUGUGGAAGGCAUCCCAUAAACAGCAGCAGGUUGGGAUGUGGGUCCUUCCAGUCCUGCUGAACGUGCAGGGCUGGGGAGCAACGUUUGCUCCGAGCAAACUGGGAAAAUAAGCAGCCUGCAAAGUGCUGCAUGACCUGAGCUGGGUGAGGUCAUUGGGUUUGGUUAAGCAAAGGGCCCUGCAUGCUUCUGGGGUUUGUAAUGCCUCAGGAAACAACCACUAAUUCAUUCUCCUUUAAAUCACACUCGAGUUGAAUUGCACUCGGCGUGGAUGAGCCCUGAUGUCUGCAGGGAGCACGAUUUGGGGUGGAUUUCCAAUUCACUGCCACAUUGAGGGGAUGCUCCCAGCUACCCCAAGCGGUCACCUGCAGCCCUGCUGGCCCCAUUGCAGCUGCUGAGCAUCGCUGCCUUCCCCUCCAUCCCAAGCUGCCAACCGUGCCCCGCUCUCACCCAAUGCACGGAGCUGCACCAUUUAUUGCUACCCCGAGCCUUCUGCCUCUGCUCUCACAUGCAAUUUUUCUGCUUGGGACAAAAUCCUAAAAAGGAUCUGCCACUGAAGGGUUAUUGAACAGCCUGGUGAGUCAUCUCUAGGGAGGGAGCCCAGACGCAGGAAUUCUUGCAAGCCUGCGCUCGGUGUGAGUUACAUUUGCCCACAGUUCAAGGUUAGAGAAAGAUAAACAAGGGAACUGCAUUUCUCUGCUUUGCUUUUGGGGUAGUUUUUCUUCCACCCCAUCCACAUGACCCCGCUGCCGAGAUCUUGUUGUCUAACAGCAGAAAGUCCGGAGGUUUUCCUGUUGUUUUUCUUUCUCUGUGUGUGUUUUUUCCCCCUUCACUGAUUUUUUCUCCCCAGAACGAUCUGGAAUUCCCCAUUUUCCGGCUCAGUGGUGACGAUGGGUUCGUUCUGCACCGCUCUGCUCUCCCUACAACCCACCCUCCGUAUCAAAGAACCUCAGCGAGAAGAUGCUGAGCAAAGCCCUCAUCUCUCCCGAGAGCUUCAAGAACAGAAGUUUGCGCACGAAAAUCCUUUAUAUAUGUAUUAAAAAAUAAUAAUAAUAAAAAUCUAACAAAGCAAUAACAAAAGCGUGUGAAACGUGAGCCAGGUUCAUCUUUCCCUCUUUUAGUGAUUCUGCAGUGAAACUUGCUUCGGUUUCUCGAUAAGUGAGUUUGCGGCGGUGCCUGGAGGUCGCGGCCAGCCCUCUUCCUCCUCCUCCUCCUUUUGCUCCUCCUCCUUCUCAUAAGUCACUGCUCACAUUCGGCGGUCCCUGCUCACAUUCUUCUCGUCCCUCCAGCGAAGCUGUCAGCUCGUGGAAUUCACGUCGUGUUCGGAUCACGUCCCAUUUUGGACCAAACCCUGUCUUAACUCGAUGCGAAUCCGGAUCGCAGCCCGGGCGCAGCGCACGAUGCGCUCAGCUGCGCUCCGGUUCUGCCCCGUCCUGAAGCUGCUGUUGGCGAACGUUCAUUUGGGAUCUGCUGUGGCAGUGAAGAAUUGGGGAGGCGAGUCAGAUGUCCUGGAGCCAGACCUCUACAGCAAUAAGUGUCCUAUGGGCACCUAUUUGGCAAAUGACUCCUCCAAGUGCCUCCCGUGUAAGGAACAUGAGUACACCGAGCAUCCAAACGACUUCUCCAAGUGCCUGGGCUGCCGGACGUGUAGGGAAGACGAGGUGGAGGUGAGUCCCUGCAUCCGCACCAGGAACACGCAGUGCGCUUGCAAGAAUGGCACCUUCUGCUUACCUGACCACCCGUGUGAGAUGUGCCAAAAGUGCCAAACCCAGUGCCCCAAAGGAGAAGUGAGGAUAGCUCCAUGCACGCAGCACAGCGACCUGCAGUGCGCUCCUUUCUUGGACAUUUCCAGCAUGUCCAGUGAGUUUGGGAGGGGUGAGGGAUGGAGAUUGGGACCUGCUGUUGUGGCAGCAGCUCCCCACACCCCCAUGUUGUCUACUUUAGCAGACAUGAUUGUCAUCAUCGUGAUGGCUGUGGUCCUGGUGUUCCUGCUGCUGUUCGCAUGUUUCUGCUGCAUCUACUGCCGUAAAAGUGAGGGGGAUCAUGGGCCACAGAUGGGGGGUCCUCCCCCCACAGGGUGUGGGCAGGAAGGGGACGUCCCGUGGAGAAGAAGGGUGACAGCACUGCUUUUUCUUCCAGGGAAUGGUGGAGAGCUGUGCAGGAAGCCCAGCGCCAUGGUGGAGGUGGCACCAACAACUUCAAAUCCCAAUGUGGAAACCCAGAAGAAGCUGGUUCCAGUGCCAGGAGGGGACCCCAUAACCGUUUUGUCUUCCUCUUUCAACACCUUUGCCGACCAUGUGCCCUUGCCUGAAUGGAAGAGAUUCGGCCGAGUCCUCGGUCUGCUGGAAAACAAACUUUAUGAGGCAGAGCAGAAGAACGGAAGCUCAGGGGAGCCCUUAUGUCAGAUGCUCAACACGUGGCUCAACAAAGAAGGCAGCAAAGCCUCUGUGAAUACACUGCUGGAGGCCCUGUCCCAGAUCAACCUCAGCGGCGUGGCAGACAUAAUUGCCUCCAAACUCAUUAGGGAUGGAUAUUUCCAGUAUGAGAUGAGCUGAGGAGCACAGCCAGCCCUGCGUCUCCCCAUCUGGAGCUGAAGAUGUGAAUUCCUCUGAGAACCCUUCUCUUGAUCUUUGUGAUAGUAUUCUCACGGCUCCUUUCACCCGGAGCCGUCGCACUGUUCAGCUGAGCCUGGAGGAGUCGAUCCCAUUGGGAAGAAAUUGGGGUCUUCUCUGCCACACUCAGCUUUGGUGCUGCCUUAUGGAAGCCAAGCGAGUGCCUUGAUUUCAUUUGGCCAACGCAAUGAGCCAAAAGGUCUUCCAAGCUGCCUUUAUGAUCAUCUCAUUUGCAAGCACUGAUUUUAUACAGACCUCGGUGCAGAACUGCAUCUUUGCUUGGUGCGGGCACUCACUGGUCCUAACUGGAUCAACAUUUUUAAUUUUUUAAUUUUUUUAGUGAUACUUCUGCUUGUAGAACAUCUCCGAGCCGACCAUCGUGCUUAGUACUGCAUGCGUGGUGGGCAAGCAUCUCUGGGGCUCUUGGGUUACCCUCUACGAUCUAUUUAGAACUGUAUUUGUAGCUAGUUCUGCUUGCACUUAGGAGUAGACACAAGUCUAUAGCAGUGGGGUUGGAACUAGAUGAUGCUCAAGGUCCCUUCCAACCCAAGUCCACCAUUCUAUGACUGGGCGAUUCCUUGGCACUGAGGCUGCUGAGAUAAGGGUGGUGGAAGCUGGGUCGGUUCAUUCCCAUCGCCAGGGCUGUGAGGGCACCCAGCUGGCUGAGUUGCUCCUGCACCUCCAGGGACAACACACAGCUCAGGGAUGAGGUGCUGCAGCCUUCCUGCACGCCUUGGCUGGGUGAUGGUGCUGCAACCCAACCCCAAGAGCUCCCCCUGUGCGGGCACAGGGUUGUGGGCAGCCCCUCUGCACCCCUUUCCGUCCUCUCCACCCCUGUGCCAAAUACCAGCAGAACUUUUGUAUUUAUGUAUUUAUUGUAAACGCGUACAUACGUUAACUUAAAAUAUAAUAUAAAAAUA